AUGCACACUAACAACACAAAAAUACACACACACAGCAAGAGAAAGGGAAGAACGGAGAGGGAAAGAAAGGAAAAGAAAAGGGAAAGCUGGAAUCAGAGAGCAAGAGAAAGAGAGGGGAAAAAAGGAGGACGGCACCGGCGGGCACUGCCGCCGCGCCAUCGUGUCGCCGUUAGGAAGAGGGAGACGUUGAGCGAGAGGAAGAGCUGCUCGAUGAAGGAAUGUCGAUGUGCCUCCAUCGCCGCCGUCACUUCCACCGCCGUCGCAUCUCCCUUCACCGACGACGUUGAGGACGCGCAGGAGAGACAAAGGCGUGGAGGGAGGAAGACCAAGGAAGAAGGAGGAGGCGCUGUUCGUGCUGCUGCGCCCAGUCGCCGUUCGUGGAUUCACCAUCGUCGCCGCUCUGCUCAAGACUCAGAAAAAGGCAAGGGCUGGAAGCGAUUUGAGUUUGACAAGGAUGCGCCUCUUGAAGAUGAGGAAAUUGAAGAUUGGACUUUGGCUGAAGAUAAUGCUUCCUUGGUCAAGCAAAUUGGCCAGAGUUUUCAGUAUUCUAAAAUAGAGGCAAGAAGGGAGGAACAAAUCCAAACUGCUCAUGACGAAGCCAUGUUUGGUGCUUCAGCACUUCCACCUCCUACCAGUACUGACAGUGAGCCUGAAAGGGAGAAUGAGAAAGAAGUUAAUAAAAAAGCUGUUGUUACAAGUCUCUUAAGUGAAACGGUAAGUGAUUUCACUGCAGACUUAUGUGGAUAA